UCUUCUUAACAAAAACUAAAACCCUAGCUGCUUCAUCUCAUCUCUUCUCUUAGAACUCUGCGGCGAAAGAUGACGGUUGAAGCAGUUAACCCUAAGGCCUACCCGUUAGCUGAUUCUCAGCUAGCGAUAACAAUCCUCGAUCUUGUCCAGCAAGCUACGAACUACAAACAGCUCAAGAAAGGAGCUAAUGAAGCUACCAAGACAUUGAACCGUGGUAUCUCUGAGUUCGUUGUUAUGGCUGCUGAUGCUGAGCCUCUCGAGAUCCUUCUUCAUCUUCCUCUUCUCGCUGAAGACAAGAAUGUGCCGUAUGUGUUUGUGCCAUCGAAACAAGCACUUGGAAGAGCAUGUGGUGUAACAAGACCCGUGAUUGCUUGCUCGGUUACAUCAAACGAGGCUAGCCAGUUGAAAUCUCAGAUUCAGCAGCUUAAGGAUGCUAUUGAGAAGCUCCUCAUCUAAGGAUCUGUUGGUGGAGUUAUGAAUGAUGGGUCUUUCUCCAUUUAUGGAAAAGGCUUUGACUUAAGUGUGUUUGUGCGAAUUUUAGCUUAUGAUGAAACGAAACCGUAUCUGUUUUUGAAGUUUGUAAUGCUUUUAUUUCAUGUUUGUGUUGGUGCAAAUGUAGUUUUUAACAAGAAUGAUUUAUGAAUCGAGUGUCUUAGAUUUGGUUUAUCA